UGAGUACUUUGUUUUGUAUACCAUCGUGAUUGCCAUAACUGCUAUACUUGGACUAUAAUUUGUAAACUAUAAAAUAUAGUACCACGUAGAGGGGUAGUUGGAGAUGAUCACCUAAAAACAAAACUCUAUCAUUGGCCAAGACAUCAGGGUACAGUUGGUGGACCGAGAGCUUGAGACUUCACUCAAACACCAAAACUAUCUCAAACAACCUUCCGUAGAACAAACCACUUUCUUUAAACACUCAAAAACACUCAAUUGACUGCAGUUAUGAAUACCAGACGCCAGGUCUCGAAUCUUCUCGAAUAGACAUUGAUGCUUAAACUUUCGAACGACAAUAUUUGCGACUUUCCGAUGGGCAUUUUACAAAUACCGCCAUUGCAAUGCCUCUGCCAAAGCUCAGUCCGCUGCAAUCGCGGCUGGCCGCAUCCCUCAUGGGAUCGAUAAUGCUACUGAUAUUAUAUCUGACCUUUUCAUCUUCUCACUUUGCAUACGCCGCCGAUGUUGAUUCGAUACAACCAGAAGACCAUAAUCACGAAAGGUUGAUGGAAAUAAACAUGUUGGCCCUGGAUGAUGAAGAGGAGGAGAUAGAAAUAAGGGAUGAAGGAUAUGAAGCCGAAUUUGUAGGGUUCGAUCGGAGCAUAGUUGGGAGGGUCGCAUCGGCGACUGAUCCGACUCCAUUACUCAACAAUCGCGCUGUAACGACAAAUGUUGAACAGGGACAAACGAUCCCGUUUUCAUUCCUAAACUCCUCAUUAUGGGGAGUCCUUUCUCCACAAGCAAGCGGUUUACCAUCUCCUGUUAAGAUUCGUAAAAGAGAUAGUGAAAGCGUUGGCAAUAAAGAAGAGAGCUUACAGGCUUUGGACACUGCGCUAUUUGAGGUUGAUGAUGGGGAGCAGAUUCUGUCUGAAGAUAGGAGACAAAAUUCCACUUUACAGCAUCGACAGUCGAGCUCCUCAAGUACUAGAACGCUGUAUAUCACGGUCAACACUUGCACACAGCCUGAAGCUAUAGGCGCGAAUGUGAUGGCGCCCUCGCAGUUGGAGCUCUAUAUAUCACAAUCUGAAAAGAAUACGAAUCCUGGACCCGGACAGGAUGCCAGUUUACAAAAAGCUUACCAGUUGGAAGGCGGCGCUGCAGUGGUCACUUUGAAUGCUACUGGAGAUGUCUUCAUCGGUUUGACCGGUUUGAAUAUGACCUCGAACUACACAGGCGCAUGGAACGCGGAGAUUGCAGCUUCCAUCGAUGCGCCCUACCAUUAUUACCACGGCGAUGAAGAGAAUCUCGUCCUUGUAGAUAGUGAUAGCGCAUCAGUCCUUCUAGUUACCAGCGAUCUCACCACAGACAAUGGCUCAAUAUACGAUGAAUGGGUCAAUCUGGCACCACCUUUCACUAUGUUCGCUAGUAAAACGAUCAACUCUUCUACAGCAGGUUUGCAAUAUUCGUAUUGUGGAUUGGAGAAGCAGGCCGAAAUAGCGGGAACUAUUAAUGGUGGUCAAAAAACCGACAAAAUAAAAAUGUCGAUGACUACUAGAGGAGAAAAUGAUGCUCCCAAGCAGCAAUUCUAUUUUGAUGGGUUGACUGCGGGCACGUCUUACUAUAGUAUUCUUGCAAUGAAUGGCAAUGCGACUGCUCUAGGGCGUGAGGGAGUAGGCGGUGGUGGACAGGUCUGGAAAGCUAUGACCUUUUCCACGAUUUCUGCCGAUAACUGUGCACUCGUGUAUAAUCUCUCGUUCUGCGAUCAAGUGGCUUGGACCGUCCCAGCAAAUCCCAAUACAUUUCCAAACACCACAGCUCUUGGAGAAUGGUACGAUAACUCAACCUACCAAUCUUAUAAGUACUUCAAGAAGGCCUUAGCACAGAUUCCUUGCAAUACUACUUCAUCUGCUCAGUAUUCUCUUGCUCAAAACUGCACGUCUUGUGAUGCAGCGUACAAGACAUGGCUUUGUUCGGUGACGAUACCAAGAUGUACUGAUUUUUCAACCGAUCUUCCGUGGCUACAAGAACGAGGUAUGGGACAACCAUUUCCAAACGGGACAAUGCUUAGCCCGGAGCUACUUGACAUAGCGAGCUCUUCACAGCCUGCGAACGGUUCUCGAAAUCCAGACAUCACUACAACAGUCCAACCAGGUCCUUACAAGGAAAUCUUGCCCUGUGAAGAUUUAUGCUAUGGAAUUGUUCGUGCCUGUCCGGCAGUUAUGGGAUUCGCAUGCCCUCUCCCAGGUGAUACGGGCUUUGAUACAAGUUAUGGUAUACAUAGAACGGCAAAUCAGAGCGGGCAAGUUACGUGCAACUAUCCCGGUGCUGUGCAUGAUCGGUCGAUUGGCGGUAUUAAUUCCAUACCACACACAAUGGUAUUUGGAGCAGCGGUGUUGAGUACGAUGUUCAUAUUGAGCGGCAUUUGAGGAAUUUUCAAACCAGGAUAAGGUAGCAUAGGGGGCGUAAAGGAAACGGGAUCUGAUUUAAAUGGGACUUUUGACUUUUGACUUUUUGAAAUACCUCUAGAUGAGGAGAGUCGAAUGACAUUCGAGGUUGUUCGACGACGGACCUUGUAUGAUGUUGUAUUUUUUUUAUAUCACCAUGAAUUGUAAUACAUAGACUUGAGCGAUAUGCCUGAAA